AUGGAGUGGCGGCAUCGGAGCAAAAGUAGCAGACCGCAACAUCAACAGCAGAUUGGGCGAGGGCACAACUACUAUCAGGACUGUCAAGCGCGUCAAGUCGAAAGCAUGCCCUGGUCAGGGCGCUCCCACACUGUCGAAUACUUCGCCAUUCUCGACGCUGUCAAAGAGGAUUCGGAGAUCAACACCCUUGUGUACGAGACUCAGAUGCAGCCAUUCAGCAGUUGUCAGUCGCCUCUGGGGCCUCGACUACAGAAACGUGCUGGCUCGAUGGAUCCCUCACUCCUUGACGAUGGCACCAGGGACGGUUACAGAAUGAGUGCUGCUAAGGUUUCAUCGAGAUCCGCUCCUAAGAUGGAUCAAGGACAACGCGUUUCACAACGAUCCAGUGUCAGAGGUCCACCAGCGUCACAAUCGACCGAGUCAAAAACUUCGAAAGAAGAUCCUAAUAAAGCUGGCAAUCCUGGAGGCUCAAGUACUGAUACGAUCUCGGAUUAUGCUAUUAUUGCUCUCGUCGCGAUACAAAAUGCUUGCAUUUCCAUAAAAAAUGCUCUUUAUAAUGUCUAUCUCGUCCUCAAGUUUAUAUUUACGAAACCAGAUGUUGCAUGGGAUCUUGUCUCUACUACUUUCCAUCUAAUCAAAGUAGCCCGAGAUGCAGGACUAUGGUCAUGGAGUCAACUUUGGGACAUUUUCUAUGCUCAAACAAUUGCUCCAAUGAUUCAAUCGCAAAAAGCAGCAGAGGAAGCUGAACAACAAAAGGCAAACUCGUAA